CAACGGAGUGGGCGUAGAGCGGCGAGGUUUGGUGUUUGUGUUGUACUCUUCAUCGCUUUACUACUUUACUACUUGCAAGGAAAAAAAAAAAAUGGUUCAGCCAGUGUCUAAACCCGCGGGGAAAACAGCCACCGUGCUCAAAGCGGGCCAUCCUCCCGCAGUGAAGGCUGGGGGUAAACGAGUGGCCAAGAAAAGCAUAGAGGACAGUAGCACCCCGGAAAAGGAUGCAAAGAGGACUGAAAAAAUAAAGCCUGUCCCAGCUCCCAACAGAAUAAACCAAGUCAAUCUCCUUCUCUCCGGGACUCUCGACAAGCUCAGCCACGACUUCCCAGAAACCCCCGUGAGCGUCAGACACAGCAGGGUCCGACCCGCCGUGGAAAAGCCCCACUGCCCCAAAACAUACUUCAUUCAGCAGCCCAGGAAGUUUUAAAGCGCUCCCCGUUUUCAUAGGCAGACCUGUUAACCCAUAUGUGAGAGACUAGAGGAAGUCUCAGCGCCAAAGGGGGCUGGAGAGAGCUUUCAUGUUGUUUGUAUUUGCUUUGUUAGACAGCAGUGAGGCAGUGCUUGUUUACACUAUACUCUGAGUAUUUGAAGUAUCUCUGUUAUUAUGAGAUGAGACGAGACAUUCCUGUAGAUAUAUUGCAAAAAAAAGUUGAUGCGGGGGGAAAAAAUUUUGUGGUAUGUGUUUGGGAAGGGGUUGGUAAAAUGGAGUUUUGGAUGUUUUCACAAAAAUUAAUCCAGCUUGUUGCUUGGCACUUAUAAUAAAAGAAUUGCAUUGUA